CAGUGACAAAUGUUUAUAAUACAGAUAUUGAACUCAUAAAUGUUGAAUUUACCAAUAUUGAAUGGACAUCAUUUAAGUCUGCAUUGAGCAGUUUGAUCUAUAAUUCUAUGACUUUUCCUUUUACGCAUACAAACAUUACUUUCUGGGAAACAUUAAUAGAUAAUACUGCUGACGAAUUUUGGAGCACUGUUAAUCUGGAUAAAGAUCAAUUUAUCGAGGUUCUGCCUACUAGAUAUUUAACUUUGUCUUUUGAUAUUGAACAAGAUUAUAUAUCUCGUCCACUCGGUGGUGAUGUAAAUUUGAAAUCAAGAAUAAGAGCACAUAUAAAAUCUUUUGUUUGGUUUCUCAAAGUCAUCAUAUUUCCUGUUAUUGGUGUAGCAUUUACCAUAUCUGUUAUUAUGGGUUUCUCAUCAGAAAAAACAAAUAAUGAUGAAAGUAGAAAUAUAGCUGCGUCUUCACGUACUGAAAGUCCUGAUUUGUAUGCUACCGCUCCUCAAGUCAUAACUUUACGUGGUCGUCAUUCAGCCGACGUGAAUUUACUUUGCGCGAACUUUAAUGGCAUUAUAAUUACAAGUUCUACCGAUAAACAUAUUACGUCGUGGAACGGAAUGAAAGGUACAGCAUUAAGAAAACUUGAAAGAUAUAUGCGUCGAUGUGCAACUUGUAAAUGUGAUAGUAGUGGAGGGGAGAAAAAUUGUAUUUCUUGGCCGGUUAGAGCGAUGUGUAUGAGUGACAAGAUUGAACUUGCUGCAGCUGGUUUUGAAGAUGGAGUGAUACGAGUAUGGGACAUAAAUUCAGGACAAGUUACUCAUAUCUUGAAAGACACCGUUGAAGACGUCGAACAAAUAAUGUCAGCAAUUAAUAAUGAUAAUUCAGUAAAAGAACGAGUCACGUGUUUACAAAUUGUAGUAUCGACUUUAAACUCUUAUAAUAACACGUCUAAACCAUUAUCUGAUCAAAAACACCUUGCCAUGCUUUUGGCAACCUACCGAAAUGGUUAUUUUCGAGAGUGGGAUCUUAUUUCUGGUCAAAUUUCCCAUACAGUUUUCACAAAUCAAAAGGGUGGUAUCACUUAUCUUUUUGUAAUUGAUGAUAAAAAUGAAAUUCGUAUUUUUACUGGAGCGCGAGACGGAUCUGUCAAGUGUUGGGUUCGUAAAGUUUAUUUAGACAAUGAGCCUAAUAGUACAGAUUCAAAUUGUAAUGGGUCACGUGAUGACAUGUGGAAAUUGCUAUACACGUUGCCAGGGGAAUUUGGAAAUGCAAUUACUAAUAUAAAUGCUAAAGCUAUCAAAAUCAAUAGGGGUUGUUUUGGUCUUGUAGUUACUGGAACUACAGAUGGGGAGGUUAGAGCAUAUGAUUAUUCCACAGGCCAAUAUAUAGAAACAUUAAGCUAUGGAACUUUAAAAAAACAGAAACUCGCAAAAGAACGUAAGGAGCAAUUAUUUUUGCAACCAAAACAGAAAAAACUUUCAAAAGAGGAUUGGUUUGAAGAAUAUAACGAUGAGUUUGAAUCUUGGGAUGAUACAGAAGAUUUCGUUUCACACCAGGAUUCAAUUACAAGUAUAAUAAUUCAUCCAUUUAAAGAAGAAAGUUGUCCAUGUGGAGAUAUUGAAGAGACUAGAGGCUUUUCAAUAAUAACAUCGUCAUUAGAUGAAAAAGUGAAUUUUUGGCAAUUAACCAGAAAUUCAAUAGACUGUACGUGCGUGAUACCUCAAAUAGGAAGAUCUACUUUUAAUAAUGACGAUAAUGUAGAUGCCUCAGAACGACUUCAAAAAGCUUUUCUUGGGCAUGUGAAGCAACCCGGUGGUUCAGUAGUCAUACUUCUUAAAGGUCAUAUAAUUGGAGUUCGCCGUGUUGAAAAUCCUAAUUUAUCCCUUAAAAAGAGUCAUGGUGCUGAAGGUGAAUGGGAAGUUUGGACUUUGGAUAUUAACGACCCUCACGUGUUCGAACCAAUUGAAGAGGUUUAUAACUUAGAAGAACAUGAUUAUGUUGAAUUUAAAGUUGAAACAAUUUCAUUGGUCAACGAAAGUGAUUUGAUCAUAGAAGAACAACAAAAAAAGAAGAAAGAUAUGUAUGAAAAUGAAGAGAACUUAAAAGGGUUUAUUAGACGGCGUAGAACUGUUUCUCAUCCGAAUGGCCAUAAUGAAAAUCAUUCGCAUGUUCACAGUGAAGAGGAGCAUUUACAAGGUCAAGUUAUAGAUUUUAGACAACGAAGUCAGAAGCAACGAGUCUAUCCAAAUAACAGUUACAGUGACCGAACACCAUGGUCAUUUAAAGAUGCUGAAAUGAAUGAAAUGCUACCAUUUGCUUAUAUACGACAAAUUGUCAAAGUUGGUGAAGAUGGAAUAGCUGUCGCGUAUGGCAAUUUUGCAAAA